UCCUUGAGUAACUUCACCUAGCCACAAGCUCCGUCAACUUGACUUCUCUCUCGUUCUCUUCCGGUUGCGGCCUGUUCCAACAAACCACUCUCCAUCCCGCCGUCCUUUGAUCAUUACCAGCUUAGGAUCUUUUACUAAAUCAUCCAACCUAUUGAUUCCUGUUCCCCGUCAGUUCGCCAUCAUGCAGUGGUCUUCUCUGCCUCCUGAUCUUGACCCGCCUGCAUCACCCUCUCCCCUUGACUUGUCCGUCGAGAAUGCUAUCAAGCAUCACUUUGACGAGUUAAACCUUCUUAUGAGCACAACGGCAGAGGAAGGAGAGGGCAAUGUUCUUGCGGCUGUUACCUUUCCCAAGAACUCAGACGCCAUUGCUUGCAAUGGGAAUCCAUGGCGGACAUUGUGGCUCAGAAUGAGCUUCCCAACACUUGCCGGUCUCAACUCAAGCAAGAUAAACGCCAUGUUCAAGCCCAAACGACAGGAACGCAUGCGCCGCCAACUAGGAAUGGAGACAUUGCCUCCUGGGAUUGACUACGUGCUUGACUUCACACCCCCAACUGAGGGCUCAGAGCUGGCCGACCUCACUGCUGCCCUUUGGCUCCCAAAGAUGGUCAAGCUAUGGUUUUUGGCCGGACAUUACUGCCCAGAGGAAAUUCUGGAGACCGGACACCUGGCGAGCAUUUGGGACAAGAGACCCUUAGCUAGCAGGUCGGUAAGUGCCAUGCUUGUCCUCGGCCAUGAUGAUGCGUGCAGGGGUCUCCUGCAGUUCUGCUCCAUGGAUAGAUCCGAGUGGAAACCAAAGGUUGUCCCAGGUAUCGUUGACGUGGACCCGGAGGACGAAGAACAUUCCUCUUAUUUUCCUACGUUCCGAAGGAUCCCAGACUACUGCGGAAUACGGCACCGAGUGGCCAUUAUGAGGGUGCUUCAUGCUAUCAACGGGAACGGUCUGCUUCUCAACUCUGCUGCACGCAUGUGGACAGUCGCCCAAGUGGCAAUACACCUCGAGAUACCCCAGGUAGUUGUUGAUCCGGUGACACAGUGGCUCAUCGCCCCGCCGAACACGAAGUUCGUUGAAAUCUGCUCCGAGAGAUCCUUCCAGCUCGCGCUUGCUCUUAAAAUCCCCAGUGUUCUCGUCGCCGCCUUCAGAAUCCUCGUGAGCGAACUCGCCGUCGACUAUGCGGCGCCGGACCCCUCCCCGAAACGUCCGGCCCUUACUUGGGCCCAACGAAGAAGAGACGAUUAUGGCGACUUACCAUCGGACCCUGUCGAAUAUGCCAGUCGCACCUUUUCUGAACGGAUCAUCGGCCUGCUCGACAUGCUUCGCUCCAACACCGUCUUCGACCGUAUUGGGACCGGUCUCGAGGAAUGGGAUCUCUUGAAACAGCAAGGCAUGAUCAUUCACGCACAGGGAAGCGACGAGCUCAAGACCGCGCACCAAAACCUCCUCCAGGCCCUUGUCGGCAUCUUCCACAAUGAUAUUCAAAGAUGUCUCCGGGAACACGCCCCAUCUGGCCGUCUUGCCACCCUCAUCGCAGCCCAGCGCAGCCAUUAUAUACCCCUGCACGAACGCUACUCCCUCAGGGACUUGUACCAAAACCUUAGCCACACCCAGCGCGCCCUCACUCCUUUCUUCUGGGAGAGUCUUUACCACCAGAGCUUACCAAAACUGUCCGGCCACGGCCCCCUCAGCCUCUCUACCUACAACGGCUGUACAAUCCGAACUUACGUCGAUAAGUAUACCUCCCUCUGGGAAGCCGCCAACCUUCCCCACCCCGAUUUCCAACCAAAUCCUGAAAAGGGGGAAUAUCAUCCAAAACACCCCUCGAAGCAAUUGAACGAGUUCAACAUCCACCAAUUCGAGAGCGAAGUCUAUGCCGCCCUCAGCUCUCUUUGCGACCGCGUCUUGGGGAAGGGAUACAACGAAGAACCCUUCCAAUUCUUUUUAUCGGACCACUUACUCUUACCCAGCCUGACCUCCCCUGAAAUGGAUUUCCUGCCCAUCUGGGCCGGCGGCCUCGACGAUGGGUCGGGCGGCGUGUUUCAAAAUGCCAUUCCCCCUGCGGAAAUGGGACCGAGUGAGCCGGGACCGGCGUAUCAUACAGGUUAUACGAUUCCGACUACGGGUACGAGGACUUCCGGGACAGGCACCCGCGAUGGUGAUGACACGACUAUGAUGGACGACGAUGACAGAAUUGGCGGUUCGAUUUACGGUGUGUCCGAGCUGGGCGAUAAUCUUGACAGGUUCGAAAUCAUCAGUGCCCGUACUGCGCAAACUGCGACGGAAACGGCUACAGUGCCCAGCAUGGAUGUCGAGCAAAGCGUGGUAACGACGGCGACAGUGAGUAGUACGGGACUGGGAAGUGGACUUGGACGACUUAACCUAGACCCCGGGGGGCCGAAUCGCCAUCGGGUCGUUGCGGUACCUUCUUCGGAGAUAUCAUCAGAGGAUUUUCACCUUAGUUCUAGGGAAGAUGGCGAGUAUGCGGAUGCCAUGUAUACGCAGCCGGCGGAGCAUCAGGCGGUGGGAAGGGCGUUGGCUAGGUAUGUGGACGGUAAUGAUGGCACUACCACCGGAAGGAGUGAGAGUGGCGACGCGUCUUCUUCGUCGAAGCAAGGCGGUAUGAUAGCAACAGAGGGAAGAGGCGCGGGAGGUAAUAAUAAUAAUGGAGGUGGGUACUCGGAUACCGAUAACUUCAUGUUGGGAGAUGAUGAAGAUGGUGGGUUGAAAGAUCUGGAUGGUUCAGAUGGUGGGAGCUCGACGGUGGGGGCGGAUUCGGAUUAUGAUAUGGUGUAGGACAACGUAUCAGAUACGGAGGAGGCCAUCGUACUUUCUCUGGAGCGUCUCUGGAGGAGUUGAAUGCAUCUGUUAGGUGUAUACUUGGGAGAUGUGUGGGACUUUGCAUGGAUGGGGGCAACAAAUAUCUUGUGGAUGGAUAGGGGAUGGAUCUUGACAGUACACAGUAAGGGUAUGAACGAUACUUGCCUUACUUUGUCCUUAUCUACGGAAUUGCGGACAGUUUCUCUGGUUCUCUACUGGUCCAGGUGUCUAUUAGCAACGACAUCUGCAGUCACUUCGGUGACGAUAGUUUACACAAACUGAGAUCUACACAUUAUCCCUUCGAGGCGCUUAUGAGCGUCAUCGUU